AUGCCACUCGUCGACCCAGUCACAAUAUCGAGCCCGGGACGGCAAACCACGAAGAAGCCCGCGCCAUCCGCGACUCCUCUGCGACCGGUUAUUCUCUUCGGAAGCCCCAUUGCGAGGACUACCGACGGUGUCCAGCUCCUCCUUGUCGCUGUCUUGUUGAGGCUCCAAUUUAGCAAGCUCGUUGAGGAGCCGGUGCCGACUUUACAAAAUGGCCUUCUAGUCUUUGGCGCGUUACAGGCUCUCUGGGCUGUCUUGUGUUGUCCUCCUGCUGGUCAUCAUCAGAAGAAGCGCGCGGCUAAUCCCGUUACGACUGCGGCUUUGUCACUAGUAUUGACAGCCCUCAUCGUUCCUCUCCUACACAUCAUCUUCGUCCUCUUCGGCGCCCCAUUCCUAACGCACCAGACCGAAACCUUACUCUGCUCCGCAACUCUCGCCAUCCUCUCCGUGUUCCCCGUCUUCUAUGCCCACGGCGUCGACGCCAACGCGUGGAAAUCCAUCUGCGGAUUCAGCGCGCCGCUCGACGAGAUCGUGGGCGGAUUCUGGGGCGGCAUUAUCGGUGCUUGGCUGGGCGCCGUACCGAUCCCUCUCGACUGGGACCGCGAGUGGCAGAAGUGGCCAGUGACUAUUGUGUGUGGGCUUCUUGCUGGGUACGUUGUUGGUCGUCUUGUUGGCGGCUUCGCGACGCUUGAGGCGAAGAAGGGUGAGGGAAGCCGGGCCAAGAAGGAAUGA